GGCAGAGAUGGGCUCCCACGUUGCUCAGACCCUGCGUCAGGGCGUUUGGGCGUCUCUGACCGGGGGCUGGUACCAUGACCCGGAGCAGAAGAAAUUCAACAACUCCUGCCACCUCUAUCUGUGGAUCUUCCUGCUCAUGCUGCCGUUGUCGCUGCAUCUGGCCCUGCCUCCGACCACCAUGGCCCUGAGCAUCUACUGCGCCUCCGUCACAGUCUUCUUUGUGCUGGUCAAGACGGCCAACUACCGACUGCACGUGCUGUUCGACGAGGGCGAGGCGGUGGUCCGCAGCAGCCUCUCGGAGCUCAGCAGGGCCACCGACAAGAAGAGCAAUGCCGCCUCAGACGCCUGCUUGCCCGCCAAAAUCAGGAAGAGCAGCACCGUCCCAGACAGUGUUGCCAUGACGAUGCUGGCUCAAAAGCGUCCCAGUCAGGUGAUCCAGGUAACAGUCAAGCAGACGGAAACCGACGCGGGACUGAUCGGGGUGGAGUGUUCCAAAUCAGAAGAGCCCAAGAUGCAAGAAGUGGCCUGCAAUGCCCAAUGCAGCACAGAAGAGAAGACAGGGGAGGCUGCCCCGCCGCGACAAAGCCCGGAACUAGCCCCAGGGCAACCCCCUGACGGGAAUGCUCCUCAGAAGUCCCCAUCCCUAAGUGAAAGACAGAAGACACCAUCUGUGGAAGUAAUUGACAACGUGGAGCCACCGGAUGUGCAGAAAGCCAACGAGGAGAAGGAGGAAGCAAGCGGAGGAACAUCUGAAGGUGUUCCUACCUGCAAAGGAAAUGAAGACGAUUGUGCAGAGAAGGAGAACGAGGUCCCCAAGGAGCUGUCGGAUGCCAACAAUAACUCGCUGGAGACCGCCCGGGAGUGCCCUCACGAGUUCAUCGACAUGCCAGACCCAGCGGCACAGGACGAGCCAGGCGAGGAGACGUAUUGCUCCGAUGAAAUCGAAGUGGUUCUCACCGACAGUUCCACCCCGGCGACUUCGUCUCCUCCUCAUCACGCGGACGCCGACGCGGUCAAGAUUGUCAUCACCAUGAGCUGCGACCCUCGUACCGCCGCCCAGCUGGAAGAGAACGUCAAGCAGAGCCUGCUGGAGAAUGCGCAGGUCCAAAAGGAUGCUGGCGGCGAGUGUCACAUCAAGAUCCCAGUCAUCACUUUCGACUUGCCUGAAGACGACAAGCAAGAGGAGAAAGAAGCAGACUCAUUAAAGGAAGAGCCCACCCUUGGACGGAUGGCGAGCCAAAGCGAAGAUUUCUCCUUGUGCGGGGACAUCGUGCAUGCUGGUGGCGAGCAGGACCCGCCGAGCCCGCCGCACACCAACGACACCACCUCGUCCGGUGUGGACGUCCAUUCCCACUUUCACCCCGAUGACACAGACCCUCCGGUUUCCAGCGCGGACCCUCAAGGUUUCCUGCGUCUUCCACCUGCGUUGGGCCGCCUCGGUCCUGCCGGACGGAUACACUUGCGCGGGCUGAGCAUGGACAGCGGGAAAGAUGCUGUGCUGCUUUCCGACCGCUCCCAAAACACAAUCGCCAUGACCACCUCCAAAUCGGACCUGGAGGCAAAAGAGGGCCAGAUUCCGAACGAAUCCAACUUCUUGGAGUUCGUCUCCCUGUUGGAGUCGCUCAGUGCCCGAGCGAGCGCCAAGGAAGAAGAAGGACAGGACCUCCGGCUGCAAGUGGGAACCUCCGUGGAGACAGAAAAUCAACGCACGGCAGAUGACCCCAAAGAAACCAAAACGCACAGCAAAGCGGAGCGACCCAUCCCACCCACCAGUCUGGCUCCCGACAAGUCUGUCCUGCCCAUACACAUUCCCAUCGUCUCACCAGACAGUCCGCAGACGGAAAAAGAUCCCGACUAUGACUCACUGCCUUCCCAAACGUCCCAGUCAGAAAGCUCCAUGCUGCAGGUCAUCUGUCGGCCGGAGGCGACGAACAAAGAGGACGCGUAUACCUUCCACACUGUGCACCGAGACAGGCCACGAAAACUGUACGCGGAGCGAGCCCUCAACUUGCCGCUGGGUGCUGAGCUGAUCACCGGCAACAUGUGUGACCUGCUGUCUACUUCGUCCAACUCGGAGUGCCAGGACAGUAUGGCAGGGGGGCACGCUGACUGUCCUUUCCAACGACGGAUCAUUCCUUCGCACCGACUUCGUCCCCGAAGGACGCACCCUGAGAUCUUCCAGGAGGAAGACUCUUUAGAUGAUUCCUCAGAGACCACUACGGAGGAGAAGCCCACCAGGAAAAUUUACUACAAGCUCAAGUUGUUUCCAGGAAAGUGGGUGGAUAUUUUAUACGACCGUCUCACCUUGCUGGCUCUUCUGGACAGGAACCAAGAUGUUCUGGAGAACCUGGUGGCGGUUUUCAUGGCUUUCCUGGUUUCCUUCCUGGGCUUUGUGCUGCUCAACGACGGCUGCUUUAAAGACUUCUGGGUCUUCCAGUUUUGUCUGGUCAUUGCUAGCUGCCAAUACUCCUUACUGAAGAGUGUUCAACCGGAUGCGGCUUCACCAACACACGGUCACAACCAGCUGGUGGCCUACAGCCGCGCGGCCUACUUCUGCAUCUUCUGCUCGCUCAUCUGGACGCUGGAGCAGCUCCUGCGUAGGAAGGACCUCCCCGUGUCCACAUUGUACGGCGUCACCAUCGUGUGCCGCGACGCACUGCGCUUUGCGAGGAAUCUGCUCGUGGGUUUUACUCACUGCUUCCCCAUCACAUUCCUGCUGGGCCUUUUUCCGCAAGUCAACACCUUCACCAUCUACCUGCUGGAGCAGAUUGACAUUCACUUUUUCGGCGGAACAGCGGCUACGAGUCUGAUCUCGGCGGUGUACGGUAUCCUCCGCAGUCUGGCUGCUCUGUCUCUGCUCUACGGUUUCUGCUUCGGAGCUCUUAAGGAGCCGUGGGACGAGCAGCACACUCCGGCCUUGUUCUCCGGUUUCUGCGGCCUUCUGGUGGUCUUUUCUUACCACCUCAGUCGGCAGAGCAGCGACCCUUCCGUUAUGAUCUCGCUGAUCAAGUCGAAAGUCAUGCCCGCGUUGGCAGAGGGUGAGGAAGACAAAGGCCAAGACGCCGACAUCGAAGACCCUCUGCCCAAGAAGCUUCAGAAUUCGAUGAAGGAGAUUCUUCUGUCAGAUGUGAUUGUGUGCUCGCUGGCCUACAUCUUGACCUUCGCCAUCACCGCCAGCACCGUCUUCCUGUCGCUCAAGCCCUUCGUGACCAUCGUGCUGUACGCGCUGGCGGGGACGGUGGGCUUGGUGACGCAUUACGUGAUCCCCCAGCUGAGGAAGCAUCACCCCUGGCUGUGGAUCUCGCACCCGCUGCUCAAGACCAAAGAGUACCACCAGUUUGAGCCCAGAGAGGACGCAGUGCUAAUGUGGUUCGAGCGUCUGUACGUGUGCCUGCUGUGCCUGGAGAAGUACGUGGUGUACCCCGCCAUCAUCCUGAGCGCCCUCACCAACGACGGCUUUGCCCUGAGCCACCGCAAGAGGCUGGGCAUCCACUGCGACGUUCUGCUCAACAUCGUGGCCGGGAUGAAGCUCCUGCGCUCGUCCUUCUGCGACCCCAGCUUCCAGUUCGUCACCUUGCUCUUCACGCUGCUCUUCUUCCACUUUGACUGCCCGCGCGCCUCCGAGAGCUUCCUGCUUGACUUUUUCCUCAUGUCUAUCCUCUUCCACAAGAUGCGUGAGCUGCUGCUGAAGCUUCACUUCAUCAUGGUCUACAUCGCCCCCUGGCAGAUCGCCUGGGGCAGCGCCUUCCACGCCUUCGCCCAACCCUUCGCCGUGCCUCACUCGGCCAUGCUGCUGCUGCAGACGCUUAUCACCACCGUCUUCUACACCCCGCUGGCCCCUUUCCUGGGCAGCGCCAUCUUCAUCUCCUCGUAUCCGCGACCCAUCAAGUUCUGGGAGAGAAACUAUAACACAAAGCGCAUCGACAACUCCAACAGCUGCCUGGUGUCUCAAGUUGAUAAAGAGACGGGCUGCGAUGACAACAACCUCAACUCCAUCUUCUACGAGUACUUGACGCGUUCCCUGCAGCACUCACUCUGCGGCGAUCUCAUGCUGGGCCGCUGGGGCAACUACAGCGCCGGGGACUGCUUCAUCCUGGCCUCGGACUACCUCAACGCCCUGGUGCACCUCAUUGAGAUCGGCAACGGCCUGGUUACCUUCCAGCUACGAGGGCUGGAGUUCAGAGGAACAUACUGCCAGCAGCGUGAGGUGGAGGCCAUCACGGAGGGGGUGGAGGAGGAUGACGCCUGUUGCUGCUGCGAGCCGGGCCACCUGCCCCACAUGCUGUCGUGCAACGCCGCCUUUAACCUGCGCUGGCUGGCGUGGGAGGUGACGGCCACCAAGUACCUGCUGGAGGGUUACAGCAUCAGUGAGAACAACGCCGCUACCAUGCUGCAGGUCUACGACCUCCGCAAGUUGCUCAUUACCUACUACCUGAAGAGUGUUAUUUACUACCUGGUGCACUCCCCAAAGCUGACCACCUGGCUCAAGGACGAAGCCAUCCAUGAGGCGCUGCAGUCCUACACCAAGUGGCACCACAUCGAGCGAGACCCUCAGGUGUUUAGCGUCAAGAUAGACGAGGACUACGUGCACUGCCUGCAGGGGGUGACGCGGGCCAGCUUCUGCAACGUCUACCUGGAGUGGAUCCAGUACUGCGCUGGGAAGAUGGAGACGCCUGUCGACAGCGAUGAAGACUCCCCUCUGGUGACUCUGUCUUACGCUCUGUCAGUCCUGGGAAGACGAUCACUCGGAACGGCAUCGCAUAACAUGUCCAACAGCUUGGAAUCCUUCUUGUACGGUUUCAACACACUGUUCAAAGGCGACUUCCGCAUUGCUACCAAGGAUGAGUGGGUGUUUGCCGAUCUUGACCUCCUGCAGAAGGUGGUGGCCCCCGCCGUCAGAAUGAGCCUGAAGCUCCAUCAGGAUCACUUCACGUGUCUGGAGGAGACAGAGGAGUCGUCCAUCUUGUACGAGGCCAUCACCAACUACCGCAGUAGUCUGGUGAUUUGCCACGAGAGCGACCCGGCCUGGCGCAAGGCGGUUCUGUCCAGCCGCGAUACGCUGCUGACGCUGCGCCACAUGGUGGACGACGGCACAGACGAGUACAAGAUCAUUAUGCUCUACAAGCGGCACCUCAGCUUCAAAGUUAUCAAGAUCAACAAGGAGUGCGUGCGAGGCUUGUGGGCUGGACAGCAGCAGGAAUUGAUCUUCUUACGGAACCGCAAUCCAGAGCGUGGCAGCAUCCAGAACUCUAAGCAGGCGCUGAGGAACAUGGUCAACUCGUCGUGCGACCAGCCGCUCGGCUACCCCAUGUAUGUGUCGCCGUUGACGACAUCAUACGCGGGAACGCACCGUACGCUACGUACCAUUGGAGGAGGGCCUUCCAGCUUGGACGCUAUUCGUUCCUGGUUGUGCUCCAAAUGGCUCAGAGUGCGCAAGGACAACCUGAACAGCUGCAACAGCGGCGUCAACAUGGAUGACGGCGACUGCGGCACCGGCAGAUCCUCAUCUCUGAGCCACAACAGGCCGUCGUCGGUCACCUCCAAUAGUCUGAGUGGUUAUCAGCAGAGAGCUCCCCGGACCACGCGAAGCCACCGACACCACAGCUCAGCCAGGAGGGAGUAUCGCAGCAGGUCGGUCCAGCCUCAGACCCAGCGGCCGCCAGUCAGUAGCCAAUCGGGACCCAUCGUGGACUCUGCCUCUAACCACGGCUUGGUCCAGCGUCUUUCCAACAGCCAGCUGUCUUUCAACACUUCCAUCGCAUCCAUCUUCUCCCAGGUCCCUCGUCUCUCGGGAAACGGCGGGAUCAGCUCACAGAUCCAGGCGGCACCGAAUCAGCAGCGUUCCAGUCAGGUGUCGUCGUCUUCGUCCACCUUGAGUCUGCUGUUCGGCAAGCGCAGUUUCUCCAGCGGACUGGUGAUCUCGGGACUAUCGGCCGCCGAGGGGGGCAACACCACCGACACGCAAUCGUCCUCCAGUGUCAACAUCGCCAUGGGACCCUCGCACCGAUCCGCCAGCAGGGCCACACAGUGGACAUCGGAGCCGUACGAGAGCAUCGACGAGACCGUUCCCAAUGCCUCCGUCGAGCAGUCACAUGACCAGAGCGUCAGCCACGGAUUGGACAAGACCCCCUCGAAAGACCCCCCCACGACAGCUCCUGAUGCGACGGACCAAAAGCCUGCGUGAGAACGGUCACACUUACAGAGAGGACUGUAUUACGUCGGUGACGAGAGCCGCCAAAAUGCACACGGACAGACUUACCUCCACAUCACUCAGCAUGUGUUCUCACUUUGUUCUCUGAAUGUCAACACCCUCAUGGAUACUGGUAA